GAUUCAAGGAGCAAACUUGUGAAGUGGAUUUUAUAUACAACAAAGACGGGAAGGAAAGCAAUUACAAAACAAAAUAGAGCACUGUAAUUUUGUGUUAUAUUUAUGUUUUGUUCGCUCCUUCCUAAUUCAAAAUGUAGCAGGUCCACAAAGUACGAAAGAUGUUCGUCGAGUUAACGCGCAAGGAUUCGAAUUCGAAGAUGUCGACAAUGGAGAAUGGAGGUAGUGUUCGCGCGGCUGCGUUUGGUUUGCAGUCGAUAAUCGUUUCUCAGUAUUUAAAACAAGUAUCUACUAAGUAAAUUGAGAAGUCAUCAUGUCAGCGAAGGAAAAAGGGAAGCAUAGCACUCAAAACUUGAUGGUUGCUGUUCGAGUGAGGCCGUUGAAUGGAAGCGAAGUCGAAGACAAAAGCUGCACAGAAAUUGUUCAUGUGUUGGACGAAAACCUGGUGGUGUUAAAAGAUCCAAAUGAAGAUCAAGAUGACAUUCUCAGAGCUAACAGAUCCAGAGAAAGGCAGUACAUUUUUGAUUGUGCAUUUGGGCCAAGUUCAAAUCAGGCUGAAGUAUACAAGACAGUGGCCAAACCUCUGAUUGAAAAUGUCCUCACAGGAUAUAAUGCUACCGUCUUUGCUUAUGGAGCAACAGGAGCUGGGAAAACGUUUACCAUGUUGGGCACUGAUAAAGAGCCUGGUAUAAUGGCACGCACCCUGAAUGAUCUUUUCUUUGAAAUGGACAAGACCAAGGAAGAUAUGAAGUACAAGGUGUCAAUGUCAUAUCUCGAAAUCUACAAUGAAAUGAUCCGUGACUUGUUAAACCCAUCUUCUGGUUUCCUUGAGCUGCGAGAAGAUGGUCGGGGAGUUGUAGUGGCUGGGAUCUCUGAAGUUCAAGCCAAGAAAACUAGUGAAGUGAUGGAUUUGCUUGUAAUGGGAAACAAACAAAGGACAAGUGAACCAACUGCUGCCAACAAAACUUCAUCAAGAUCACAUGCAAUCCUUCAGGUAACAGUCACUCAGAAGAGUCGUGUCAAAAAUACAAUUGAUGAAUUCAGAGUUGGAAAACUUUUCAUGAUUGAUUUAGCUGGAUCUGAGAGAGCUGCACAGACCAAGAAUCGUGGCAAAAGGAUGAUUGAAGGAGCACACAUCAACCGUUCCCUGCUUGCUCUUGGAAACUGCAUCAAUGCAUUGAGUGAAAAUCGUGGCCAUUACAUUAACUACAGAGAUAGCAAACUGACAAGGCUUUUAAAGGACUCCCUGGGUGGUAAUUGUCGAACAGUCAUGAUUGCCCAUGCAAGUCCAGCAAGUGGGUCAUUUGAGGAAACUCGCAACACACUUUUGUAUGCAGACAGGGCCAAGAAUAUUAAAACCAAUAUCAAGCCAAACCAGUUCAGUGUGUCUUACCACAUUGCUCAGUACACCAACAUCAUUGCUGAUCUGAGAAAGGAAAUCUUUCGCCUCAAACUCAAAAUUUCUGAACAUGAUACGGACAAGUGUUCAACAAAAGGGCAGGAAAAGGACAAGAAUCCAGAGGAGAUGAACAAAUUGCGGGACCAGCUCGUCAGUACUUUUAAAGAGCAGAUGGACAUCAGACGUAAACUGAUUGAGCUUGAAGACGCCGCCAUGCAGAUUUCACUCGACAUGAACAGAUACAUGUUGGUGAUAGAUGAAUGGGAACAAGAAAAAGCUAGAAGAGGUGUACGCAAAAGUACUAGACGUUUAUCAGAGAAAUCCGAUGAUUCCGAGCUUAAGAAUGACCUAACAAACAUGGCUUCUAUCGAGGAUGAAAACGGAGAGAAAAACGUCGACUCUUCAACACAAGACAAACAUUUACUUGGUGAAAAACGCCGUGAAGUAACAUCACUGUCGUCCUCAGAUAGCUUGGAAGAUGUUGAAAACAAAGACUUGGACACUGAAAAAGAUAAGAAGCCGGAAUCUAACAAUGACGAAGGCGCUGGGAUUGCAGAUCCCGAGGAAGUAUCUUUUGCGCGAGAGGAGAUUAGCACGUUAAUCGCGGAAGAAAAACGGACUUCAGAUCUCAAAGCUGAUCUGCAAGGAAAGCUUCAACAGACCAGGAAAGAGGUGGAAGCUUUGGAAGAGCUCCUACCCAAGAAGAUAAGCAGCGAAGAAAAUCGAGAAAUUUUGGGAUUGUUGUGCAAAGUUCACGAGCUGGAGAUAACCAAUGCGGAGCUCCAGUCUAACUCGUUGCUCAGAGAGAAUUUACUGCGUCAGAAAGACUUGGAGAUGAACAAGUUUGAGUCGCGACAAAGAUUGUGCGAUGAAAUCAUUCAAAUGCAGAGAGCGGUUAUUAAUGAUUCUGGGAUACAGCGUUCCGCAGAACUCGAGGCUCUUUAUGAUGUUUACAUGGAACAAUCCGCUGACUUUGAACAACGUGAAAACGGUGCUGCAAGUACUCAAGAAAACUCACAAGGCUCAACUAGCUCGUUACAAAAGGCGUCGCUCCUUGCCGGGUUAAAUCGACGAAUGACGCCCUUGGCACGAGAGAGUUUAUUCACCUUCAGUAAGCUGUCCCCACUGAGCGAAGAGACGCCUUCUCGUCUGGUAUCACUUCAGAAUUCACCAGUCAAGAUGUCACGUGCAACGCCUUCUGUUCGCACUCAGAUGUCAGACGACGUGUUCACACGGGAAGCCAGUUCACCGCAACCUUUGCCUACCCCCAAGAGGACCAAAAAGCUUCUAAGUUUUACCGACGAAGGUGAAAGUGAACGCAGUUCACCAACAGUGUCGUCCGUCAUGGACGAUGGAAAUGACGAAUUGAAGCCUGUCACGCCGGUUAGUCCUGUCUUUGCCAGGACGCGAAAAAUCGCCGAGAUCGCCGCACGCCGCCGAGUGGGCCUGGACAAGAAUCUUAGCAGUAACAGUAAAACUAGCUUGGGGCCUGAUGGCGAACUUCCUGCCAAGUCGAACUCUGUUACAGACAUGCGUGUGCAUGAACAAGCUGCGGAAAGUCAGAAGUUAAAAUCCGACAACGGACUAUCGGCGAAGGCGUCUCGAAGUAUGAGUGACUUGUCCGUGAUUGACAAGAGAGCAGGAGACGUGUCAUCAGAAGACUCGGCUCCAGUGGACAAAAGAAAGGGAGCUGUUAGAAGCAAAGUGAAAAAGCCCCCUCAAAGAAAGCCUAGGAGGUUACGUUCCGCGUCGCUAGAUGAUUCUAAGGUGUUGAGAGUGAAACCUCGACUCACACGCAAGCAAGAAUUACAGGAGGCGGCAAGGCAAAAGGUUGCUGCCGUAUUGGCCCAAUCAAACGUAAGGAAUCGAGUGUAUGGAGGACAAAGCACGGGGGGACGAAAAGCUGGCGGACCGCCACGAUCAAGAGGAACAAGUACCUCAAAACCCACCCCUGUACAAGGAAUAGAGCAUGAAGGUGCGAAGACAACGGUUAAACCGGCCACUUCCGCGGCAAGUAAUCUACAAGAAGGCGAACUGCAAACCUUCUGGACAAACGUGACUCCGCCCUCUACUGUCCACCAGUAUGGAGUCAAUUACGGCAAGGGACACACCAUCCAAAAGAGAUACCGCGGACCGCCUGAGGUCAGCGGCACCGAUUCGAACCAGUCCACUCCGAGGCUCAAGCCGAGGAAAAAGCCGCUAAAGACUGGUGCAAGAUCUGUUGAUGAACUGUCAGUGAGUGGUGUUGCUGUGCGUCCGACAAAGCAGGCCGCGGGCGUGCGCAGAAGUUGAAGUUGUGGAACAUGGCAGAGCACUCGUGAUGUUUUACCAGAGGCUCUUACUUGAUUGCCCUGCAACGUCAUUUCGGUGAAGUGAUUGAUCAUCAAUGAACAAGAAACUAUAGGAUUAGAUCUUGUUUGAUCUACAAACUUUAAGACAGACAUGUCCUUUGUCCUGUGAAAAUGAUAACUUUUUUACUCCGAAGAUCUCAAUAACGUUUGUUCUACUGUUUUUCACAAAUUUUCUGUAAAUCACUAGGAGAGAAAAGGGCCUUAGCUCAAAACGUUUCUUUCGGAAAAGAGUUACAACGUAAUCGCGACUAAGAGCACCGUAGCUCAAAGAUAAAUCAAGUUAUUUAAACAAAUUUAAAUUCAAUGCACCGUCAGAAUGAUGAUAUUUUUAACAAGCUGGUAAAUCAUCAGUGCCUAAGUUAAAAGCGUCCAGUCCGCAGUGAAUUUGUAUAGUAACAGGAUGCAGUAUUUAUUGAAUAACGUUUUGUUUGGAUUCAUCUGUAUAAAGGAGAGUUACACUAUUUAAAAUGUACAGUUUUAUACUUCGUAAAAUACUAUAAGUUUUUCAGUAUUGUCUUCAAUAAACUACGGAAAUAUCUCAUUGAAAUUA